UGUGUUUGUAUUUGUGCGCGUGCGUCUGCGUUCACACCUUUUACAGCUGAAAGGUGAACUGCUUCAGGGCUUAAAGCGCUAAAGUACAUCGGCGGCCAUUAAAUUAGAAUCUCGUCACUAGCGCCCCCGUGUGUCUACAAGCGGCCACAUCUCAAAGCCUCACCUGACUCCAAUAUUAUCCAUCUGCAAAGCAAGGCCGGGCAGUGAAGACGCGGUUCUCGCGAGCCCUCGUUGUCCCGAGCAGCCUUAUAACCCCGCCCUCUCUGUCCUCCUCCACACUUGCCCCCAAUCGCAUGUGCUUAAUGGACCAAAUACCCUCUGAGUGCCAGGCUCUAACGGUCAGUAACACACGGCUCGGUCUCACGGCGGCCGCCUUCAAACUUACCUGCAACGGGGUGCUCAGACGGUUCCUCCGGAGGCAGCGUCUCUGCCCGAUCUGCGACCAGUUCAUCUUUGAGAGCAGCUUCGUGGAGUUCGCCGAGAGCAGUCAGGUGUCCAGGCUUUUGGACCGGCGCACGGUGAUCACGGUGGGCAUCACCUCUUCGGACUCGAGUUCGCCCCUGCCGGACACCCUGCUGCUCGGGAGCUACAAGUUGAAAGAGCUGCUGCAGCGCCACCCGGCGGCAUGGCGGCAGAGCCCUCCGGCCGGCAUGCGGCUCAAUAAGCUGCUGGCCCUGGAGUCGGUCAAGCUGUCCGUGGUGAGCGUCGAGUGGCAGCAGCUGCGGGUGGAGGUCUUGAACGGGCCGGUGUACCACCUGCAGCUGCUGGCACCCGAGGGGCUGGAGAGGCUGGUGUUCAGCAUGUGGGUGGAGCUGGUGAGGCGGCUCUGUGACGGGACCCCCGAGGGGCAAAAGAAGGCGGCGCGCCCCCUAGAGGACACGGGGCCAGCCCAGGACAACGUCAUCCUGGAGAGCAAAUUCGCGGAGGUCAACGAGGACGGCCAGACGAGCAGCAUCUACGCCGGGCUGGCAGUGGUCAGCGUGACCAUCGUGUCCUCAGAGACGCUGCCCGAUUUAAUGUUCCUGGGAAGACCGCUGCAAGAAACGGAGAGAGAGACGGGGGGGUGGCCAGAGCCGAGGUGUGCCAGCCUGCAUGGCAGGGAGCUGACCAGGUGCCUCCCCCUAAAGGACCUGAAGCUCAGCGUCCACUCGGAGGAGAGGCAGCUGCUGAAGGUGGAGCUCUACACCGGUCUGGUCCACUACCUGAGGCUGCUGGCUCCCCCCGGCCGGGACGAGGCUGUUUUCGAGCAGUGGGUUCAGCUGGUCAACAGACUGAAAGAGACGACCACUGGCGAGGAAGGGGAAACGGCAGAAGGGGUCGUCACCUUAGCUGAAAGUCCACCGGAGCACAAACUGGACAUUGAGACCCUCCACGCGUUCUGCGACAAUGUCGUCUUCGAGAGCGACUUCAGAGAAGUGUCCGAGGACGGCCAGGAGCUCAGCACAGGGGCGGCAGGAGCGUCGCCGCUGACCAUCCUCAUCUCGUCCACCAAUCCCUUCCUGCCACUGCCGGACUUGAUGCUGGUGGGCACUGCCCAGGGUGACAGCGGCCAGUCAGGCCCACCUGAAGAGCAUGGGUGCAGGUGCCACUUACAGCUGACCAAGCGCCUGAGCCUCAGUGACGUCACACUGACCGUCCACAGCGAGGGGCAGCAGCUGCUGAGAAUGGAGCUGACCCCACAGCAGGUCCACUACAUGAAGCUGCUGGCCCCUGCUAAACUGGAGAAGGUCAUCUUCGAGCAGUGGGUCCAACUCGUGAAGAAUCUCAAGGGGGGAAACGCGCGUGCGGAAAAGGAACAACGAGAAGAGGAGGGGAGUUUAAUGGAGAGACCACCGGGCUACGCCGUCGAGAUGGACACCCUGCACGCCUUCUGCCAGAACGCCCUCAUUGAGAGCAACUUCGCCGAAGUGACCGAAGACGGCUGCGCACGCCACUUAGAUGCUGGGGUCCCACAGGUCAGGGUACUCAUCACCAGCAGCAGCCCACUGCGCAGGAUGCCCGACCUCAUGCUGGUUGGAGUGCCCAAGGCUGGACAAGAAGGUGACCGACACCCCAAGGAAGCCCCCCAUGAGACCGCCAAGCUCACCCGAUGCCUGCCCCUGAGCGAAGUGCAGCUGAGCGUGCGCAGUGUGGAGCGGCGGCUGCUGCGAGUGGAGCUCAGAAACGGGCCCGUGUACCACCUGCGCCUGCUGGCGGCCCCCGAGCUCGAGACCAGUCUGUUCCACCACUGGGUCCAAGUGGUCAGGAAGCUGAGUCACAAUAGGAAGCAAACGGGCGAUGGGACCUGGCGACUCCACGCCGGGCACUGAAGCCGAGUGACGCAGGGCAGCAGACAGAAAAUGGGGUGCGCACCGCAGACGGAGCCCCGCCCACCAAAAAGACGCUUUAUACAGAUGGACCUCCUCGUAUUUUCUGAACGGUCAAACCCAAAAAUCAUGAUGGUCUGGGGGGCUCGAAGGGGACGGAGGAUGGUGGGGACAAUGCAGUGGUAGAAGUGCUGGCACCCGUGACAAAUAAAGAAGAGAAACCAAAAAAAACACAAACAAACCUGUCAUUGUGUUUAUUUACAAACGAGUAAGCGGGGGAUUUGGAAAACACUAAUUGUCACGAAAGGCGCUAUACAGAGUUGGGGGUACAUAAGAGAGGGCUGGAACCUCAGUGUGUUGUGACAUGCUGAAGGUCACUAAGUGGACAGGGCGAUGUGGACACGAGGAGGUGACUGAGGAGCAUGAGGUGGGUGGGCCAGUUGGGGCAACAGGACAAACAGAUGAAAGGCGCUAUAUAAUAGAUAGAUACGCAUUUAGUGGGGACAUGUAAAGAUCUAAAAGGUUCAUAGGGUCGGCGUUAUAUAACAGUCAGGUAGAAAUGGAGCUAUAUAAUAUAUAUAAUAUGCCGAAACCUGGGAAAGGUGAAAGACGAUAUAAAAUGGGAAUAUUAAAAGUGCUAAUGACUGAAAAUAUAUAGAUAUGAAAGGCGCUAUAUAAUAGUUAGAAAGAUAUGAAAAGCAGCUUACAAAAACGAUGGAAAGACAUUAUAACAGAUUUAGUAAAGGUGCUAAGUGGAGAUUUGAAAGGCGCUAUACAAAAGUGAAAGGUGUUAAGUAACAGAUUAUAUGAUAGACAAACAGACAUGCAAGGCGCUAUAUAACAGAUAGAGCACUCUAUAAAAUAAGUAGAUACAUUGUGCUGUUCUUAUCAGUUUUACUGUAGA